AUGCAGAAGAGGAGGGGCGAGGCGGUGGCCCGGGUGGCCAGGAAGGUGAACGACACGGUGGAGAACAAAACGGAUUCCCUCGAUCUGGCCAACUGCAAGCUGAUGACCUUCCCCGUCGGCAUCUACAAAGCCAUGAGGAGCGUCACCGAGGGAAUCCACCGCAUCUCCCUGGCGAACAACGAGCUGAAGUCCCUCACCGGCCGAUUCGUCACCACCUUCAGCCAGCUGAGAG